CUUGAGUCAAAACAUUUUUUUGUCGAACCUGUUGUUUUCUUGUGUUCUUGUGUUCUGCCACUUGUAGAGUAGAAGUAAAAGGGAAUAACGCGUGAGACUUAAUCCACCUUAGGAGUUUUCUUAAGCCUCGUUUUGUUUUCACUUUAGAUACGAGCUGGUUCUAGUUGUAGGAAGAAUGUCUUUAAGCAAGCCCAGGCUAGCGAGUGUGGAGUUUGGGGUUAAAAGGUUCUUACUUAACCCUGACCACUUCAAUGAACCAUGCAAACUAUUUGAUCUCAUGACACAAGAUGUGGAGAUAUGUGCAGCAGGAGUUUUUGUUGGAGAGUUGAGUCACCUACCCGAACACACAUUAGAGGCACAAAUUCGCCAGGUCAACUUAAUCAAAUCAGUAAUCAAGAAUGACAGAGACCGUACUGGUGAAGAGAGGCAGUUCAUGCCAAUUAUACAGGAGAGGGCCUGCUUGUGGGCAGAUUUUGGAUCUCUCAGAAUUGUCCCUCAGGUUCCAAAGGGAAGAGAGUACUGCCAGAAGAGGAGACAAUUCAUUGAUUUACUGGUAACAACAGACAUCUGUGAGCCGAAGGAAAAAAGCAAACUGUAA